AUAUCAAGGAAGCCUGCGCCGCAAGGCACGGGUAGCGGUAGCAAUGGGCAAUCGUGCCAGCGGAUGGUCUAAUCACUGGACAUGACGUUGCUCAAGGCGUUGGACAAGAUUCGCGCGGCAGCAGGCCAAACAAACAGAAGAUUGCACCUGCAGUACCUCCAGGCCUACGCGGAAAAUCAAGUGACUCCGCCCCUUGGGGAGGUGGUCGUUUUCCUGGAAAACCUGCGGAAGGUGCGCUCAGUCAUUGCCAGCCAGGGAUCUCAGCGGUCUCAGCGCGAGCUGAAGCGUUUUUUCUCCGACUGUGAGAACCAUGCAGGCUUCGCAAGGCUGCGCGGCCAGCUCCAGAGCGAAGAUCUCACGGUGUCCGGCAACCUCCUGGCGCGUCUCUAUGGCAGUCUUCGAAGGAUGGAUUUUCACUCUGAUGCGGAGCGCGUGUGGCCCUGCGUCAUGGAGCAAGCAAAACAAGGCAAGCUGGAGAGCCCAGACCUAUUUCGUGUGUGGGCAACUUGCCCGCCCGACAAGCUGCCCGCCCUGGAUUCUGCGGUGAGCAAGGCGAUGCUGGAUACCAAAUCGGUCAAGGCAUGGCAGAUGCUCAUCGUCUUGUCCAGAUCUGGUGCUGCACCUUCUGAGUCAGAGACUCUAAGAGUGUGUGUGGAGCGUUUGGGUCAGAUGCUGCAGGACGUUCAGGUCAGCCCCUCCGACAUUGUAAAAAUCUACUUGCGGAUGCAUUUGGCCGCUCCAAAGCAGGGGGCCAUCAUUGGCCCUGAACUUCUGAAGGACGUCAAGCAGCAGCUGGUCUCAAGAGGCGCAACUCUCCAGCCGGCAGAGAUUUGCAGCCUUCUUCCGGCCCUGGAGACCAGCGACGUUCCCUUGUGGCACAUGCUGAGGGACCAGCUGCUUGCGGCCAAGGAUCUCUCGCUGCGGCAGUGCCUUGACGUCUUGGAGUUCCUGCAGCGGAUUCCGAACAGCAGUGGCGAGCAGAACCUGAAGUCGAGAGUCGUGCGACGCCUCGAGUUUGCGCUCUCCAGGGGCUUUUCUGAUCCCAACGAGGUGGCUGACGUAAGCAGGAGGCUCGAAGUGGUGGCCUCCUUCGGCAAGGUUUGCAACGCGCUGGCGCGCACGGCAAUUAGCUUGCGCCAGGAUCUUUACCCUGGGGUGCUGUGGCGCUUCUUCAAUCGGGCAGGUGAGGUGGGCCUCGCAGAUCAGCACACCUCUCUGCUGGCGAAGUUUGACAAGAUCGGUGAGAUCUUGGAGUCGCACGGAGUUCAAGCAGAUCGCAUGUCCAUGCCGGAGAUGGUCAAGGCAGUCAAAGCGAUGCGCGCCAACAAGGUCACGAUGCCCAACUGUGUUGACCAGAUCGUUCAGCACUUUCUCAAAACCCUGCAGCAUGGCGAGAGCCAUUUGGGGGACUCGGCUGGCACAGCCAAAGAUGAAGACAGCGCAGCCACAUCUGGGGAAGCUGACGCCGAUGCUGAGAAAGCGGCCGCGGCCGAGUCAGUUAAAUCCAGGGAGGAUGCUUCUGCAGUACCACAAGCACAUGCACCAUUAAAUUUGUUGGCAAAAGUGCAGCAUAUGGUCCUGCUGCUGUGGGCUGAACUUGAGCGCAUGGAGCAGCCAAAUCCGGAGCUCACAGCAGCUGUCCUGGAGAUUUGCUCGCCUGAGAGGUGCAAGCUCAGUACAAGGAUGACCGGCGAAUGCUUGGCAGAGUUUGCUGACCUGGAGGCCGCGGGCUCCUUGCGGGCCCCGCUCCUGGCGGCCCUCGGCACCAGGUUGCCGGAGUUGUCCAGCUCCGAGCUGCUGAGCCUCGUGACGGGCAGCGUCCAGGCAGCUGCGCUGGCAAUGGAGGAGGUGGACAAGAGGCUCUUGGCGGACACGCUGCGGGUCUCUUCGGGCUCGGACAUCGACCAGCUGUUGGCUUGCUUGAGCAACUUGCGGCAACGGCCGGGAGACGAGACAGCCGAGAAGCUGGCGAGGAAGGUCUGUCAGCUGUUGCUGAACAUGCCGGAGACGCACUUGACGCAGAUCAUGCAGGCCGUGUGCUCGACCCUCUCCGAGCUGUGCUUGGAGGAGCCCAGCUUACGUCCAAAGCUUUGCAAAGGCCUGCGGCAGCUCGCGACCGCGAAGUCGCCGUCGCCCGCGGCGGAAGUGGAGCUGCUCUUUGCCAUCGCCAAGAUCUACGGAGGGAACUUGCCCUUGGACAUGAUGGCCUACUCCUGGCAGCUGGCCACCCGGAGUUCGCAGGCCGACUUGAAGGAUGCUGAAAAAGCGAAGCUGUGGGCCUUUGCAUUGGCCGCGCGGAAGCUGUCCUCCAGCGCCACCUGGGCCAGCCUCAGGCUGGCCCCAGGGGCUCCUUCGCUGGACCCCUCGGUGUUUCCGCCCAAGGAGCCGAAGCUACCCAGCUUCGUUCUGCAGAGAGACCAGGCAAGCCAGGCGUUGGUUGGCCAGAUCCGCUUGGCCCUGCCGUCAGCUGUUCCGUCGCAGCUGAGCGAGCCCCUUUUUCAGGUGCCUGGCACGCCUUAUGUGGCAGACUUUGCCUUUGAGCAGCUUGCAGUCUUCCUGGUGGUGCCGCGAGCAGCUCAUCAAGCUGGAGAGAGGCAGCUGAAUGGCUUUGGCAGAUUGAUGCAAGCCACCCUGGAGGCUUUGGGCUGGAGAAUCCUUUGGGCGUGGCCCAGCGACUGGGCGGGGCUACUGCGCGAUGCUUCGGAUGAGGAAGCGGUUGCAGCUCUGAAAUCUGCCAUAGUGGAAGGCAAAGUGGAAAGCCAGAAGGUUGCUGCCGACGAGGAACAGGCUACCAAGCUGGAAGAGGAGGAACAGGCUGCCAAGCUGGAAGAGCCAGUCGAUCCAGACCCAGCACUCAAAGAAGGCAGGGUGGGCACACUUGAUCGAGUCAGGCUCUAUUGAAGCAGGCGCGCUGGGUUUCAUUUUUCCCGUCAGCCAUACAUUCUGUCCGCUUUCCUCUCCGUCCUUCCAUUUCUCACUUUUCCACACGCCAGUUUCUAUUAGCAUUUGACCGUGCAGUUGCACUAUCAACUUGUCUAUGUGUGAAACACAGACAACUUGCAACGUCGUGGCAAUGUGGAUCGAGAAGAAGGAGUGCUACGCGCAUGGCGGACCCUGGCCUCACGGAGGUUAUGGGGUGGAGAAGAUCCUGGAAGCACCAGAGGGCCCGACCUCGGUGAUAAGAAGGGCAGAUCUCCGGGAGGGACGAGACCAUGGAGGCGACGAAAGGACUGCGAAGGACGCCGGCGUGGGGAAUGCGGAGGGCCAAACAGAGAAGUAGUUCAGCAGAACGGGUUUGGGCAAAAGAUGCCAGGAACAAAGACUUGAGGAGGCCGUCACCACGAUGCACCGCCUGCACCACCACCCUUUGGAUGAAUUACCGCCGCUUCUGCAACCUCUCUGCGCCCAGGAAAGACCUCUAGCCGAGUCUCCCCUUCAUCCCCGCUUGAGAUGUCAAGGUGCUGGUGUGCUUGCCUGACAGUGAAGGGCUUGGUGUUCUGGAAGGGCCCAGCCAGGAGGCAGUCGAGCGCAAUUCCCUUUGACCCGUGAACACUUCUUCUGCAAGCCCCAUUCGCAUUGGGCCGUCGAGGCAGAACUCAUUGCGUCGCUAGAAGCAGUGGUAGUAUGAGGCUUGGAGCCACUUCGUGGCUGUUCUAUGACUGUACUGUGCCGAGAAGGCUUGGGCGCAGGCACCCAGGACAGUGAGACCUGGGAAAAUCUGGGAAAGAAAGGCGAAGAGUAGGGUCAAACAAGUUCCAUGCCGGCGGCCAGCCCGGGCGCUCCAGGUAGUUGUAGCUUGACGCACGCCACGGGUCCAGUGCGAAAGAAGAUGUAGGUGGUUAGCCUCGUUACGUGGAGGCCUGGCUCGGCAGCCAAGGCUGGAGCGAACUCGAUGGGCGCGCUGAAAAUGGCGAGAAGUUCAAGAAUGCGUCCUGGAAUGGGUGAGCAGGUUUCGAGGAAUGAGGGGGCGGUCAACAAACGAAGACGAACAUGGCACUGCGUGAAGCAGGGAGUGAUGAAGAAGUUCAAGAGGACCUCUCCUGUUGUUCGCGGACGCCGCAAUGGCGGUGGGUUCCAAGGAGAUCCUGGGCGUGGCAGAGCCAGCUGGAGGAACGUUGGUGGCUCGAACUGGCUAGCGGGGAAGAUCGGCGACACGAAGAAGCGGAAGGAGAUGCUGACAUCGUUGCGAGCAGGAUCGGAACUGUCGGAGAAGGACAAGCUGCGACACGAUAGGGUGAAGCGCUUGGGAAGUUGUAGAAUGUUCCUUGUUCUGGAAAGUGAGCCCUUGAUUUGCUCAUGGGCGUGCGCUUCUGCCCAUGGAGCAAGCGGAGCGCCCUUCCCCGCGGUGUUUGUGCUGCAUUUGUGCUUGCGCGUGUGUCCUUGAGUCCAUGCGUUUGUUCUUCAGUGCGUCCACCUUUCGCAUCUUUGGAAAGCCGCGCAGGUGAGGAAAGGGAAGCAGUGAGCGGAGCAUCUUGAAGGGCAAUGCGGCAAUCGAUGCAGCCAGCGUGUGGUGUGCGCGCAGGAAUGUGUUAGCUGUAAAAUGGUGCUUG